GAGCGACACGCCACUCCCGCGUGCGACCGAGAAGAGCUCAGUCUCCGGCCCCGAACUGUCGAAGUGUGAUGCGGUGUAGCGUGUCGUGCAGGUUUUGCCGCUGUGUAUCAUUUUAGUCUGCGUUUCUUCAACGUUUUUUCUCACAAAUCAUCCGCAUCGCAAAAUCGUAUGUCUUAUUUAUAUUACACAAUGGACAUCGAAACUAUUUAUUUGAUUGUCGGAGUGUUCAUCAUUCCGUCGCUUAUGUUAAUUGUAUUGCAAAGACUGUUCAAGAAUAAGAGUUAUGAGGAGGUGAUUGCCGAACAACGCCAACACUCUAAUGCAUUGUUUAGUAGUCAACCCAAACCUAAAGUUAAAGAUAAGAAACAAAAGAAAGCUUUGAAGAAGAGUAAAGAAAAGAAACCAUCCUCUGAAGUCACCACUGAUGAAAUUGGUGAGGAAACCAGUGACCUUGCUGAGCACACUGAGGAGUCAGCAAAAGAGGAAGUUGAUUGCACUGCCAUGGUGAAAACAGAGGUGUCUAAAACAAACCAUCAUACACAUGUUGAAUUUAAGGAGGCAACAACAGUUAUUGAGGAGCCACUUAAAGAAGUGAAGCGUAAGCCACGACGCGAAUCUGUGAAACCGAUUUUGGUAAAUCGAGAUUCGUCGUCAGAGCUAAUAAGGGAUGUUAUAGAGGUGCCUCAAACGAAUCACUUCGAGGAAUCGCACCCGAAGGACGAGUUUGAAUUGUUCAAUGCGCACAAUUCGAAUUCGCAACAUGCCAAAGAAGAAAAGAAUAGCGCUGAGAACAACAAUAAGAAAACAAAGAAGCAGGCCGCCGAUAAGAAGAUCAAACACCAAGUUAACGAAAUUAUAUCCAAGAAAGAAAAGGAGAAAGUUGAAGCUCCUAUUCAGCCGCUACCUCAGCCUUCAAAAGAAAUGUCAAUCGAGGAGGUGAAAGAAGUAAAGGAACAGCUUGUUGCUCCUGUUGUCCAGAAUGGAAUAUCUGCUGUUCCGGCCAAAGAUAAAAAGAAAAAGAAGAGCGAAUUCAACGUACUCACGCAGAAUCACGAGAAGUCUGCUUUAAAUGUAAACUUAUCACAGAUGAUUACUCUUGUCAGGAAGGCGGAUAUGUCUAAACAGGAUGUCCAAACGCUUAUCGAUGUACUCCUAAAUAAACAACACGAUGCACCAUCCAUCAUUGACGAAUGGAGCGAAGGUAAAGGCGAUCCAAUGCAGAAACUCAAGAAACAACUCGCUGAGAAGACUCAACUUGUCACCGAACUACAGGAGUCUCUUAUCGGUGCGCAGAACAAAAUGCGUGAAGUUCGUGCGGAUCAACAAGGCGAGCGUUCGCAGUUAUUGCAGGCUGCGCGUGACUAUCAAGAAAAGUUAAAUCAUCUAAAACAUGAGAAACUCCAAUUCGACAAACAAGUUCUUAGUCUUAAUCAUAAAUGUCAACAAAUGCAAGAGACUGCUAAUGAAGAGGCUAAUAAGAACCGGAAAUUGAUGGAGGAAUUCAAGGCACUCCAAAUUCAGCAUCAGCAAUAUAUGCAACAGAUGGAACAUAACAUAGAGGGAUUGCAGUACGAGUUUGCGAACAAACAGAUGCAAAUCAACAAACAAAGCAUACAGUAUCAGGCCGAGUUGGAACAGGCGCAUAAAGAUAUGCAACUCAAAGAUAACCGAUGCGCUUCCGAUCGUCAACAAUUCAAUAAGGAGCUGGAGAUGUGGAGAGAAAAGCUGCAAGACUUGGAAAAACGCAAGAAUCAAGAGAUUCAAGUACUCCAUCAACAACUUGAUGAAGCAAAAAUGGAGAUUGCUAAAGUUAGUAACGAAUUGAGAAUGAUUCAAGAGAAUAACUCGGCAAUGUUGCGUGAAAAAGAAAUUGAAAUUGCGAAACAAAUCAGCCUUAACAACUCAAACCUGCAAGAAAAUCACAAACUUAUGGAAGAGCUCCAGAAAGUGCGUGAUGCUAAAACGAAUGGUUCCAUUGAGCAAGGAAAACAACACCAGUUAAUCAUCAAUCAAUUAAACAUGGAAUUAAAGAACGUUAUAAAUCAACUAGAAAGUAGUAACAUGAACAGUCAACAGAAAACUAUCGAAUUGGAGGAAUUAAGAAAUAAAAAUAAUGAUUUGCGUAAAAAGAACUGGAAAGUGAUGGAAGCAUUAAAUGCAGCCGAAAAUAGAGUGCGAACCUCCCUGAACUCGCAAACUAAAUUGUUGACUCAGUUGGGCGAAAUACCACCACCAGUAGACCCGAUAGAAGCAAGAACAAAAUUCCUCAAACGUGUGUUCCCAAGCAUAGUCUCAAUUUCGGCAAAUUUAAGUGAAGAGCAGUGGGACAAGGCUGUACAUGAAGCUGUUCGAGAUUAUGUCUUGGCCACGGCAACGCCGGCACCGGCUCCGACUCUGCCUGCCAGUCAUAGUAAAAUUGAGGAUGACGCGGAACUUUUGAAGUUACGCGCAGAGAACACAAAUUACCGAAAGAUAAUCGACCAGAGUGAGGCAAUUUUAUGUAAGCUGCAAACUCACGUGGAGGAGGAACAAAUUCGUUGGGGAAGGGAGUUGAAGAUAAAAGAAGAUUCGAUUUCAAGACUUAGUGAAGAAUUGGAAUUGAAAGAAGAAGAAUUGCGACAGAAAGGUGAAAGUCUGAAUCAGGCAAUUAUUACUAAUAGUCAUUGUACUAACGGUCCUACUGCUGGUUUAGAAUUUAGUGUACCGAAGGUACCAAACGAACAACCACAGGUAGCACAAUUAAAUUCCACCGAUUCAAGUGCCACUUCAUCCGUAGCUGAUGCAACCGAGAAAAAGAAAAAGAGAAGAAAGAAGAAAAAUAAGGACAACGUCGUCACCAAUUGAAGAAAUAUAUUAAUACUUACAAUAACCGACUGAAAUUACCUAAACAUUGAAAACGCAUUAAUUGCAAAUGAUAGGCAUACAGUAAUUAGCUUGUAUUUCUUUAAGUUAUAUUUUUUGAUACUUGACGUACUUUACGAUAAUUCCUAUUACUACAAAACUCAUAUUACUCAUUAUUAUGUUUAUUUAUUAGUUAACCGCAACAAAGUAAUAAUACUUAUAUACAUAUGUUUAACAACAUCGGAGUACGUAUUAAGAACCCUUUACUCUUAAGGUCACAUCGCAAGUCACUACUGCAACAUUCCAAUUAAAUCUUUGGGAUAAUUUGAGUGCAAUAAAUUUAUCAAGGAAUACAAAUAACGCAAAAAAUUAAAUAUUGUGAUAUUUAGGUGGUCAUUCCGAACUGAUUUUAAUUAUCUGCAAAGUGAAUCAUAAAUUAACACCACCCCUAUAAAGUAAUAAAACUCCGAACAACAUUUAAUCCGCGGUCCACGAAUAACAAUUUGAUGUUUGUGCUGAACAUUGAUUUACGAGUAUUAUUUGGUUUUCAUUGUGAAAGAAGAUAUCACUUUAUGAACUUAAAGCCUUGUGAAAAUUGCGUUUGUUUAUGCAUUUGGGUUUAUGUUGGGUACAUUGUUUUUGUAAGAAGCCUGGGGAGAAUAUCUUUGUACUAAUCGCAUAGAUUUAAAUAGAUUUUUCUAAGAAAA